UAUAUUUUACUAUAACCGUAACCUUUCCAAUUUACCAUUGUUAAAGCUGGAUGAAGAAUUUUUGGCAAGAUACAAUAUAAACUACGGAACCCCUUACGUCCCUCCACCUCCCAAAGAAGAAAAGCCACCAGCACAAGAUUCAGAUCAGCAACAAAAUGAGAAGCAAAGUCUUGGGAAGAGAAAGCUGCCUGCCCAACCGCCUGCUUGGUUUGAUAUUGACGAGACCCAAAAUACUAAGGUUUAUGUGUCCAAUCUACCUACGGACAUUACGGAAGAAGAGUUUCUCGAGUUUAUGGGAAAAUGCGGUCUCGUUAUGAAGGAUCCAACCACGUCCAAGUAUAAGAUCAAAUUGUAUGAAAAGAAUGGCUGUCUAAAAGGGGAUGCGCUCUGCUCUUACAUAAAGGUCGAUUCUGUUGACCUCGCUCUGCAAAUCUUGGAUGGAUCAUACAUCCGGUCCAACCAAGUGAAAGUUGAGCGUGCAAAGUUCACUUUGAAAGGAGAAUUCGACCCGACUAAGAAGCCCAAACAAAAGAAGAGAAAGGAGAAAGAAAAGCUUAAGAAAAAACAGGAAGCAUUAUUUGCCUGGAAGCCUGAAAAAUUACGGGGUGAAAGACCAAAGUGUGAGAAGGUGGUAGUAGUAAAGAAUGCUUUUCAACCUCAAGAAUUCAACAACAAUGUCGAGCUGAUCCUCGAACUUAAGGAAGAUUUCAGGGAUGAAGCGGGUAAAUUAGGGAAUUGCAGAAGAGUCGAAAUUUAUGAUGCUCAUCCAGAAGGCGUGGUGCAGAUUUUCAUGUCCGGGCACGAAGAGGCGGAUGCAGUCGUGGCAAACUUUAAUGGAAGGUUCUUUGGGGGGAAACGUCUCACUGCGGAGUUAUACGAUGGUGUCACGCGAUUUAAGAUCAAUGAGACUGAUGCAGAACGAGACCAGAGACUGGCUCAGUGGGAAAAGUUUAUAAGUGAGGAUGAUCCAGCACCCAAAAAUUCGGAACAAGCAGGCGGAAAUAAUGAUCCCGCAGAGGCAGUUACUCCACCACGGGAGGAUAACGACGAUGAUGAUAAUGAUUCCGAAUGAAUUUGUUACUUAAUUUUUAUAGAUACUUACUUUCUCAAAAUUAUCACUUGUGUUCUACUCACCUGCGUCAUGAAUAUUCUUCAUGACAUAAUAUGUCACUUGUUAAAUUAUUAAUGUGAUGACAUUAUUCAAUAAAUAGAAUCUUACAAUUUAACGUAA